AUGACGUCACAGGAGCGUCAGAUGAGGCAUCUGGUAUGUUAUGGUUUUGUGAUUCAGACGUCAGUACCUCGAUUGAUCUCUCAUAAACUGGAUAUUUCGACAUUGCUGCAAGAGCAACCAGAAGAUACAAAGUAUCAGGACAUUAGUCAACGCUAUGCUUCUAUUCGAAGAAUCAAAGGAGAUGGGAACUGCUUUUACCGGGCUCUUAGCUUUGGCCAUCUCGAGUCUUUGUUGGAAAAUGCAAGGGGAUUGCAAUUCUUUAAAGAAACUCUGCAACAGAGCAGGAGUGAGCUGUUGUAUGCUGGAUUUGAUGAGAACAGGUUCACAGACCUGCUCAAUACGUUUGUCUGUGUUAUUGAGCAGACACAGGAAGGUGGCCAGGGCUCUACUCUGUUAAACCUUUUCAAUGACCAGACCACCUCGGAUGCUAUAGUCCACUAUCUGAGGCUUCUGACCUCAGCCUACAUACAGAACCAUGCUGAUUUCUUCCAACACUUUGUUGAAGCUCCCAAUCUGAAAGACUACUGUAAUCAGGAGGUAGAGGCCAUGGCAAUGGAAUGUGACCAUCUUGAGAUUCUCACCUUGUCACAAGCCCUUGGUGUCGGUAUUAAAAUUGAGUGCAUGGAAGGAAACAGUGGCCUAAAUCAUCACAUCAUUCCAGAAGGAACACAACCAACUCUUCAUUUCCUGUACAAAACCUCACACUAUGAUAUCCUCUAUGAAAAUAAACAGUAAUGGAGAAGGGAUCUUAUUAUUCACAAAACAGUUUGUAUUGCCUUUUUUAAAAGAAUAAACCAUUGUUGGUAUUA